AAUGCAGAUGGCGCAGCGGCCGGAUAAACUCUAAAGUAAAAGGAUAGAAAAAAUAAAAAGCAUAAGGAAAAAAAAGGAAGCACUCGAAGGAAUAUAUACCAAAAGAUAUUUGUUAAGUCGGUAAAGCAUCAUAGCCGGUCUGCGAGGUACAUUUAUGUGACAAAUAUAUUACCGAUAUAUUUUGUAUUAAUGCAUAUAUGUGAUAGCGCGUCCAUUACUAGAUGUAAUGCGCAUAGUAUAAUAUAACCUAGUAAAUAUAUCAAUUAUAAUAAAAUAAUUGGUGGCAAAGUAAACUACGUAUUUUCAUAAGUUAAUUAUAAAAAAGGAUUAUCGAUAAAUUCACUUUUUUACAAGUGAAAAGAUAUAACUAAGGAGAAUUAUGGAGGAGAAGGAUAACAGCUCGGAGAAAAAUGAUUUAGACGAUAAUGAAGAAAGUAACUUCAAAGACAAGAAGAUUAACGUGGAAGUGUCAAAUAAAGAAAAGCGGGCAGUAAAGCAUAGAGAUGAAAAAGAAACGAACGUUUCGUCAAAUAUAGAUUGCGAUAUAAAGAAGGAUAAUCCUAUAGAAAGAGAUCUUGGUAAUAUUAAAACUGAAUCCGAGAAUAUUAACGCAGAGAUAGGGAUGGAUUCCAAGGAGCUAAAUCAAAAAGUUGAUGAUCUUACUGUGCAAGUAGAGUUUAAAAAACCAACCAUUAUAAUUGGCCCAAGGCGUGGAAAACGCAAGAAGUUAUCGUCGAUUAUAAAAGUUGAACAAGAGAUUGAACAAAAUGACAAAGAAUCGAACGCUCCGUUGGAUAAGGUUAUGUCAAGCGCAAAGCAUACGAUGUCUUCGAACGAAAAAGCCAUCACUGGCUCAUUGAAAAGUCACAAAACAAUAGCUUUGAAGUAUCAGGAACCUUGUUGGGGUACAAAACCGGAUGACGAGUAUAAAUUGGAAGUAUUGAAAUCCGGCGUUAUCAUUCAAACUAUCGAUUUAACAGAGAAAAGUUAUCACGUUGUUGGGAGAUUACCAAAUUGCGAUAUAUCCCUUGCACAUCCAACUAUUUCAAGGUUUCAUGCGGUCAUCCAAUACAGAGGUAUAGAAGAUGAAAGCAAUUCUAAGGGACUUUAUAUAUAUGAUUUAGGAAGCACUCAUGGGACUUACUGGAAUGGAAAUCGAGUACCUCCUAAUGCUUAUGUGAGACUGUACGAUAGUCACAUUAUUAAAUUUGGUUGUAGCGCGAGGAAAUAUAUAUUGCAAGCUCUUCACGAGACUAAAGAGGAAGAAUCCGAAUUGUCCUUCACAGAAUUAAGGGAAAAACGAAUGUUAGAGAUACAGGAACGAGAGAAGAUAAAGGCGGCGCAGCGUUCGAAAAUGAUAGAAGAGGAAAGAUUAAAAAGGGAGGACGUAGAAGAAAAUGAAGGAAUUGAUUGGGGUAUGGGCGAAGACGCGGACGAGGAAACGGAUCUAACAGAAAAUCCGUAUGCUGCUACAAAUAACGAGGAACUUUACCUUAACGAUCCUAAGAAAAGCUUGAGAGGGUGGUUCGAACGCGAAGGAUAUGACUUGCAGUAUCACACGGAAGAAAAAGGAUUUGCACAGUUUCUUUGUUGGGUCGAUUUGCCUAUCGAGAGCAUUGCCGGGCACACGGUGAGGGCCGAGGCUCUCGUUAAAGGAAAGAAGAAAGAAUGUGUCGUUCAGUGCGCAUUAGAGGCUUGUAAGAUUUUGGAUAGAUACGGAUUACUCAGACAAGCGACUCAUGAAGGUAGAAAAAGAAAAGUGAAAAACUGGGAGGAAGAUGAUUAUUAUAGUUCGGACGAAGACAAUUUCCUUGAUAGGACGGGUUCUAUAGAAAAGAAGCGUAAACGAAGGAUGAGAUUAGCAGGAAAAUUAGAGCCGCAAGAAGAAGACACGUAUAAUUCAUUGAUGGAAAAGCAUACUACAGUUGUAAAAAAGAUAACCGAUUUGGUCGAAUGCAUGAGGAGGUCACAAAAGUUUGAGAAUGAAUCUUCGAAAAGCGUAGAGGAUGCCGAUGAAGAUGCAUUAGAUGCUUUCAUGUCCUCUUUAAAUGCAACUGUUUUGAGCAAAGCUGAUAAACGUAAAAUGAAAAUCGAAUUGCAAGAUUUACGCCAAGAAGAGGCCAGAUUGAUAAAAUUAUUAAAUCCCUUGCGACCUACCAAUUUGCCUCCUUUGAUCAUCCACAUAGUACCAUUGAACGAAGUAAAGAAGUCAACUGAAAGCUUUGAUAAUAAUGAUCAAAGCAUGGACCAAAGAAAGAAUUGUCAAAUUUCAAAUGAUGAAACGAGGAUCGGGCCUCGUAAUAAUAUUUCACAAUCCAAGCAAAAUGAUUAUAAUAGUUUGAAUGAAGAAGGAUCAAGGGAGAAGAACGAAGGGGAUAAUAAUUUGAAAACUAGUACCGAAGAGAUUUCGAAUAAUUUAGAUUCUCAUCGAGGGGAGAGAGAAAUUCCGGAAGGUAUAAGUGCCAGAAAAGUGGAGGACAAUUUGCUUUGUGUAGAAAAUUUAAACGUUGGAAAAACUACUUUAAACGAGGAUGCUACUAAUGUUUCUUCGAGCGAUCGAUCGUCUACAAAAAAAUCGAAGAAAGUUACGAAAAAAGAAGUAAAAGAGAUUUAUGACAAGGACGUAUACAAUGAGAAUUACUCGACCUGGGUUCCACCACAAAAUCAAACUGGAGAUGGAAAAACCAGUUUAAACGAUAAAUAUGGCUAUUAAAGUUAACACAUAAGAGUCAUUCUUGUAUAAUAUUGUAAAUAUAAUCUUUUUAAUCUA